UUAUACGCUGUAUAUAGAUGUCAAUAAUAUCAAACUUAGUUAAAGUAGUGACUUAUCUCGCACUUUGUUUUUGGAGGAUUGCCAACAGAGCGUCAGCGCUCAUGUUAUGCUCUAUACUGCUGACACUUAGCAGCGGAUGGUCGGAUGUCUCAUCUCUGAGAAGCUGGCUGUGGAACAACAGAUGAAUACGUCGGACUUGGAUAUUAACCCUCAUGGUUAUAACAGCACAUAAUGCAUCGAUACGGUUCGCCACCCAAGAGCUGGCUUGGAUUUCGUUUGCUACUUGGUGAGAAACCUGCACAAGAGGAGAAAACCGGCAUCUUGUGCCAGCAUCCCAUCUGUCCUGAACGGCAGCUUGCUUCCAAGGUUUGCCACCACCCAUCGUGUCAGAACCUUAGAGACGGCAGCCCACUGCACCUCUGCGAGUCAUGUGACUCAAACUGCCAUCCCGUCGCCCGUGACGGCAUGCUCUUUGACAGGCACCCACGGUUUGACCUCCAGCCACAAGGUUCCAUCCUGGCCCGGAACGUGUCCACUCGUUCCUGUCCACCUCGCACCGGUCCCCCCUCUGACAUGGAGGACGGAGAGGAUGGAUGCACUGACCUAGGGGAUCGCAGGAGUGGAGGAAUGAAAUUGGUUAAAAAGAAGACCAGACGCCGACACACAGAUGAUCCUAGCAAAGAGUGCUUCACUCUGAAGUUUGACCUUAAUAUUGACGUCAGCAUGGAGAUUGUCCCAGCUGUGAAGAAGAAAACCUUGAGAGAAGUCCUGGGAGCUGUGUUUGAAAGAAAAGGAAUCGAGCUGUCACGUGUUAACCUGUUCCUAGAUCAGUCCAAUACCCCACUUUCACUGGGAUUUGAAGCCUACCGCUUCGGUGGCCACUACCUCAGAGUACGAGCUCGACCAGGAGAGGAGCUGAGGGUAGAGCGGUGUGUGAAAGACCCCCGUUCUCUUAGUCUGCCCAUCAUGAGGUCCUCCAGCACACGUAGUUCCUCUACUGACCGAGCAGAGCAUGGCUCUCUGGGACGCCGAGAGGCGGCAGACCUGCUAGUCGGCCUGGGUCAAGCGCGUCGGCGAAAGAACAUGCCGGAGUUUCUGGGUGAGGCCAGUGUCCCCAAUCAAGACUCUGUAUCCCAGUUGAGUGGUUCCCUCCCUGGAUCUAUAACGGGUACAGACCGCUGGAGGAACCGCGCUGCCAGCCGUUUCAGCGGCCUCUUCAGUUCAAACUCAGGAAAUGGCUCUCUUGGGAAGGAGUGUGAUCGUGUGGAACAGCUGCAGAGUAAGCUAUACUCAUACACUAUGUUCGGAUUACCCAAGAUGCCACCGCAGCUCUCGUUCCACAGAGACUCAUGGGAAGAGGAGCCCAACCUGGAGCUAGAAGAGAGCUGGAAGCAGCUUUUGGAGAAUCCUGAGAUUUUAACCAGACGUCAAUGCCAUCAGCAAGAGGCCAUAUGGGAACUUCUGCAAACAGAGUCAGACUACAUCAAGAAACUGCACGUCAUUACCGAUCUGUUUCUAUGUGGCCUGCUGAACCUUCAGGAGAGUGGUUUACUGAGUGAAGUCGAACCUGUGCGUCUCUUCAGUAACAUUCAGGAUAUUGUGCAACUGCAUACAUCCCUGUGGGCUGAGGUUAUGUUGCCAGCCCUAGAGAAAGCCAGACACAACAGAACCGUGCUCAACCCCAAUGAACUACAUCAGGGUUUCAGUACUUUUGGUUUCAGAUUCAAGCCUUAUAUCCAUUACUGCAUGGAAGAAGAGGGCUGUAUGGAGUACAUGCGCACUUUACUGAAAGACAAUGAGCUCUUCAGAAUAUACGUAACUUGGGCAGAAACUCAUAAACAGUGCAACCGGCUGAAGCUGACAGACAUGUUGGUGAAGCCUCAUCAAAGACUCACUAAAUACCCACUGCUGCUCAAGAGUGUGCUGAAAAAGACUGAUGACCCGCCAACUCGUGAAGCUAUUAACAGAAUGGUGGCUGCUGUUGAAUGCUUCAUUAACAGUGUGGACUCACAAAUGAGACAAAGGGAGGAAAAACAAAAGCUGGCUGCCAUCGCUGGACGUAUAGAGGCGUAUGAGGCCAUGGAGGGGGCCAGCGAGGAAGUGGAGAGGAUCCUCAGGGAAUAUAAUAACUUUGACCUGACCGCUCCAAUCAUGGGCGCCCCACCUGAAGAAACCCGUCAACUGCUCUUAGAGGGAGCGCUGAAGAUGAAGGAGGGGAAAGAGAGCAGGAUGGAUGUGUACGGUUUCCUGUUCACUGACGUUUUGUUGAUUACUAAACCGGUGAAGCGUGUGGAGAAAGUGAAGGUGAUCCGGCAGCCUCUCGUCAUCCAUAACGUAGUGUGCCGAGAGCUGAAAGACCCAGGAAGCUUCCUCCUUAUCUACCUCAAUGAGUUUCGCUGUGCAGUGGCCUCCUAUUGCUUUCAGGCCAACAGUGGCACUCAGGGACGCAGCUGGAUUGAGGCCAUCCACAACGCACAGAACCAACUUCAGAGACUUCGCUCCGAGGCCCAGAGAGAUGACACAGAUGACAGAGAUGAGGAUGAGACGGAAAGCAGCAUGUCCACCUCCAGCUCUCCAUCACUACAGCACAGAGACCCUCUAGACAAGAGCCUCUCUCCUUCACCAAGUCACUCCGAUGGCUCCACAGAAACCCUUUCCGUGGCUGCCAUGGAAGAAGCGGAUGAGGUCGGGUCCCUGUCGACUGUUCAGACGGCAUCAUUAAAAAAUCCCCUGCUGUCUAAUUCUUCAAGCCUGCGAGAUUCCUUCUCUACUAGUGACAGCAAAACUCUGGAAGUUGAUUUGGUCACAACAGACUUGGAUGCAGAAAGUCGCUCUCUUUCUAUAGACAGUGCGUAUGGAACUCUCUCACCUCAGUCCCUGAUCACAGAACUUGAUUUAAAGGGAGCGGUUUGCCAGAGCGAGGGAGAGGAGACAGAUGCUGGGGAGGAAGAAGAGGGAUUCGAGGAUGACGAAGAUGGUGACGAGGAGGAUUCAAUAACCUGGAAUGGCUCCCAGAUUACUGUAAAUGAGUCCUACAUUUUAGACCACGACCAUGCGAAUAAUGAGGAGCUCCGGCAGAAGAAUGACUUUUCUGGGAUGUCUCAGGUCAUGGGUUGUCGCUCCCAAACAUUGCGGCGCCGUUCGCCCGUUCAGCCCCGCCCAGACUACUUGCAGCACUUUACCCUCAGGUCACGCUCCGAAGAUGACCUCCUUAAAUGCCUCACCGGUCCUCUCCGCCCCUCUGGCAGGAACAAUGUAAGCAAGAGUUUGACACACCUUGCCAAAUAUUCGGCUCAAAGCUCUGAGUUAUUCAAGAUGGACGAGGAAGGCCUCCGUGAGGAUCCAAAAGCAUUGUCGAACCAACUGACGAGCACUCUUAGGCGAGCAGAGGCCAGGCAUGUGCAAAGGACCCUCAGCUGCCCCAAUGGCCAGGCAGACUGUGAGAUCACAGAGAUUGAGACACUUCCCUCUUGUGGUCUGGAGGAAAAAAGUGACUUGGUGCUUUCCCAGCAGCCACAUCAGCAGCAUAAAAAACUGACUGUGGCUCAGUUACACAGGAUACGUGCUACCAUGGUGCUCAAUUCAACACUGACAGCAUCGGAAGUUUAAUGUUUGAGUAAAUGAAGCUGAUGCCAUUAGCUGGUCUAUUGGUGGGACUUAAACCAUGUCUUUGGUCCAAGACUACAUCUACAAAAAACGUGUACCCAUGGGGACAUAGAACUCAGUGACAUGAAGAGAACCAGGGAGAACGCUGUGGAACUCUCUGAUAAAAGCCAUGACCAUAAUUCAGUAAUUUAAUAAAGUUGAAGGGUCAUACAUACAAAGACAUGCAUUUUUGUAUAAUACCUGACAAUGAAUAAAAUGAAUAAAAGAGACUUGAGUUAAUCAA